AUGGGAGCCUCUCUCUAUCGCCAUAUCGGCUUAUCGAUCACCGGGAUUGCUUUUUUUUUGUCUUGGAAAGGAGAGAAAAGGGAGGUCGUGCCUGAAAUGUUUUCUCACCAGACCCUCCUGUGCCUGCUGGCCUCGCUCAGCCUGCUGGGCGUCCGGCGCGCCGCCGCCGCCUCGUGCGAGCCCGUGCGCAUCCCCAUGUGCGGCUCCAUGCCGUGGAACAUGACCAAAAUGCCCAACCACCUGCACCACAGCACGCAGGCCAACGCCGUCCUGGCCAUCGAGCAGUUCGAGGGCCUGCUGGGCACGCAGUGCAGCCCCGACCUGCUCUUCUUCCUCUGCGCCAUGUACGCGCCCAUCUGCACCAUCGACUUCCAGCACGACCCCAUCAAGCCCUGCAAGGCCGUGUGCGAGCGCGCCAAGUGCGGCUGCGAGCCCGUCAUGAAGCGCUACAACCACACCUGGCCCGAGAGCCUGGCCUGCGAGGAGCUGCCCGUCUACGACCGGGGCGUGUGCAUCUCACCUGAGGCCAUAGUCAAAGCGGAGGGACCGGAUAAUCCCAUUCAAGACCCUUCAAAAUGUAACCCCGAGUCGAACCCAGACUUCCCCAUGGACUCCCACAACGGAAACUGUAAAGGAGUCAGUGACCGCUGCAAGUGCAAGGCAGUAAAACCUGCCCAGAAGACCUACUUAAAGAAGAAUUAUAAUUAUGUCAUACGUGCCCGAGUGAAGGAGAUAAAGACCCGCAAUCACGACCUCAGUGCUAUCGUGGAGGUGAAAGACGUCCUGAAGUCAUCUCUGGUCAACAUUCCUCGGGACACGGUCACUCUGCACUACAACUCGGGCUGCCCCUGCCCCCCCCUCACCGCUAACGAGGAAUAUAUCAUCAUGGGCUACGAGAACGAGGAACGCUCCAGAUUGCUGCUCAUCGAUGGCUCUAUUGCACAGAAGUGGAGGGAUCGGUUAGGAAACAAAGUGAAGCGCUGGGAGACGCUCCGAAGUUCUCGCCGCCACUAACCUGACCACACACUUUCUCACACGGACAAACCCCAAACACCAGGAAGUACCCCAGAAAACUGAAAAAAUUGCACUAUUGGACGUUCUUCUCAAAUGUUGUCAAGUUGGAAGAGUUGUAGCAGAGAUUUGUUUUGUUAGUUGUUGCCUUUUAUGAUAAUGUUUUUAUAUUCUCUCUUUUUUGUUGUUUGCAUUUGCACAAACAAAAUGUUCAGUCGACAUUGCUGUGUGUGUGUGUGUGUGUGUGUGUGUGUGUGUGUGUGUGUGUGCGUGUGUGUGUGUGUGUGUGUGUGUGUGUGUGUGUGUAUGUGUGUGUGUGUGUGUACUUAUUUUGGAUGGGUGUAUGUGGGGAGAUUAAGGGUCAUCUGAGGCUUCUUGAAAAAGGAAACAUCAAGGAAUUAAAGUGAAAAAAUAUCAUGAAGGAGUUUAAAGCGAUAGUUCUGUGAAAAGUCAGAUUUCUUCAGUUUUCCACAUGCAGUUAAUCAGUAAAGGCAUCUUUGGUGUCAGAAGUGGGCUUCUUCAGUUUUGUACUGGAGCUGCAAGGCUAAUUUUUUCCAUGUCUAUAGAUAAUAGUGUGUCAUACAGUGUCAGAAAUAGAGCUGAACGAUUAACUGUUUUUAUAUCAAAAAUGUUUUUAUAUCAAAAUUUGAAAGAGUGCAAUUUUCAAAUUGCAAGAGCUGCAGUUUUUUAUUAUAGUCUUACACGACUGCUGUUUCCAUGGUUACACCACUCCCAUUUCCAUGGUUACACUACUCCCAUUUCCAUAGUUACACAGCUUCCAUUUCCACAGUUACGCUGUAAAUAUUUCCAGGCAUGAACAGCUUGUGUGAUGAUUUAGGCAUGCAGUCUAUUGUCAACAAUGUUGUCACUAUGCAAGUUUUAAGUAGGCAAAUUUUAACUGAUAACAUGGAGCUUGUGAACUGCUGUGAUAUCACAACCACAAAUAACUGGCAAGCUGGUACUUUGUGUUAACAGUUCAAGCCUUAAACCAGGAAAAAAUAUACACUGGUCUUCUUAGCCAAAAAAAAAGGUCCAUAGCUCAAUUUAUAUCUCAGUUAUAAACAAUUGCAAUUUAAAUCGUAAAUGCAAUAUUGGUCAGAAAAAUUGCAAUGAGCUUCCAUUAUUUGUAGCUACAUUAGCCUCGUAGCUCCAGUACUAAACUUACAGAAGCGAACAUGUCUCGGACAUUUGAGGGGAAAAAUCAGUUUUAUUCAGUUUUCCACAUGAAGUUAAUCAGUAAAGGCAUCUUUGGUGUCAGAAGUGGGCUUCAUCAGUUUUGUAUUGGAGUUGCAGGGCUAAUUUUUUACAUGUCUGUAGAUAAAAGUGUGUCAUACACUGUCGGAAACAGAGCCGAACGAUUGUUUUUAUAUCAAAAUCAAAAUUUGAAAGAGUGCAAUUUUCAAAUUGCAAGAGCUGCAGUUUUUAUUAUAGUCAUACACAACUGCUAUUAGUUUCCAUGGUUACACCACUCCCAUUUCCCCAUGGUUCCAUUAUUUGUAGCUACAUUAGCCUCGUAGCUCCAGUACUAAAAUUAAAGAAGCAAACUUCAGACACCAAACGUGUCUCAGACAUUUGAGAGGAAAAUUUGAUUCAUCUCUAAACUAUCACUUUAACUGGAGCGGCUGAUAGUGAUCCAGCAGCGGUGGGAAGAGAAAGCGGAGUGUUUGGACUCGACUCCAUCAGGCUUUCACGCUUUCAAAGGAGUGGAAGGCGCAGCUACAUCAGCAGCUGCAGCUGUGCCGAGUUUUUAUCCGCUGGAUUAAACAUUCUUCAAAGGAAAAACGACGAACGGAGGGGGGGGAGCAUCUUUUGGCAGGAGACACAAAGAGAACGGAGGAAGAUCCAGUGCUGGGAGUGAAAUGUUAUUGAGGACAACAAAAACAAAUGUUGAGCUUUAUUGAACCUUCAUUUAAAAGGAACUCUCUCUUUUUUUCCUGCAUAAUAUUUCUUAGUCCUGUUUUUUUUUUUCUUUAACACAUGUUCAGUACGCUUGAUCGUAAGCCAUUCCUAGGGAGCUGUUUAUGUAAGAAUGCAUACUGAGUGGCAUGCAAACUUUGGUUAAUUGAAACAGCUGUUGUUGUUUUAAAGCAGUGUUUUUACUGGACUGAUCAGUGCUAGAUGACUGGACACUGCGCCAAGCCCACUUCAGACCAUUACUCACUCUGUCUGUUAUCACAUUUACAUCCACUAUUAAACAUAUCUGCCUGGAUAA